UGCCUUUCUUUCUUCCGAUGCAUUGAUGAUAUUCUUAAAAAACAAAAGUGCUUUUCCCAGCUGCUACCAGUGAGCGGCCUGACGACUUCCGUUGCGGUAUGCGACUCUCUGGUCUUCAAGCUUGAAAAGCUUGUCCAUUUCCUUCGCCUCUCCGGCCUUCAAAGAUCACUUGCGGAACUGGAAACCUUGCUAAAGGCCAAUGGCCACCGAGGGUUCAGCUGCUAGCCGGGCAGGACAGGCUGGACCUGCGCUUCUCGAACUUGUGCAUUUGUCGAAUAAGCUGGUCUUGGACAAUGUCUACUUGAACGGCCUUCACGCACUGCGUCGCUUUGAAGUUCGCAACGUCUCGGCAUUCCCGCUUACAAUCAAAUUGCGGUCGAACCUGGGGUCCCAAAUUGCAUUCCAGUUGACCAACGAAAACUUGCCGGAACGGGACCUCCGGCAUCCGCUCAACCGGGACCUCUCGUCAGCGUCUCUUUCCUCUUCCGUCGAGUCAGGGUUGUCGGAUAUUGCGACUGAUAGGGAGCUUCAACAGCAGAGAGCGAGGCUGACCAGCCCUGUGUCGGCCGAAGGAGAAGAUCAUCGAUGGGCCGCAGCGAACUCGUUCAAUCCCGUGACAACGAACACUGUAGAAGCAGCGGCUGUUGGGGUGUUUCAGACGGAGCACAAUACGCUUCAUGGCCAUCAAUUCAACCAGCUUUUCAACUACGUCAACCACAUCGAUGAAUUGAAGAUUGCGCCUGGGGAGUCGCAGAAGAUCAUUCUAGCUUUCCUACCAGAUGCUCAAGGGCGGGGACGGCGGAAUGCAGAUAAGGAUGAUCAGUCCGUUGACAAAGAGGCGAAAUUGGAAGACGUGGCGAACGAUGAUGAAACGUAUGACUUUUUCGAGGUCAAUGGGUUGCUCUUCUUUUUCGCUUACAAAUCGCAAGAUGCGAGUUUGGCGACGGCGUUACCGAGUGAUUCAAACGGAAGUGCCAUCAACGAAACAACGAGGGAGCAUAUCAGUUCAUCGAACGACACGAAUGGUAGCGGUUCUAGGUCACGAUCGGGCACCGGGUCGAAGAAGGAGGGGGAUGAGAAUGUAGCGCUGUCCACACAGGCACCGCCUGACCAUCAAAUCAGCGUGAAGUUCCGUUCACGCGUAUGCCGGUCUGUUCUCUGGACGGAUAUUGGCGAUACCGGCAUUUCAUUCGACGAUUGUGUUGUAGGGGAGACGUAUUUCAAGGACUUCAGCAUAUCAAACCGGUCGGAAAUCGAGCUCUUUUGGAUCCUGAACAUGGCUGAUUUGUCUAAGAAGCAAGAGAGACCGUGGCUGAAGCUGACGGAUUACGACACUGGAGAGCCAUUGGAUGGGCGCCCGAUUCCAGCCUACUCUCAUCGCCGCUUCCGGCUAACAUUUCGCCCUCGAGAUGUUGGCGAAUACUCCUACGAAUUUCAGCUUGAGAACGCCAACGACUCUAGCAACACGGUGGAAGCAGCGUGUCAUGCAGUGGUCCGCUCAGCGUUGCGUGAGGAAUCUUUGGUUGUCAGCAGUGGGAAUGUGGUGGAUUUCGGCGAUUGUCUGACAGGCUUGUGGGCGAAGCAAAGGCUGGUUUUGCGCAACAUUUCCGAAAAGUCGCUAGACAUCGCUUUUGGGUCUGAGGCCCAGGGCGUUGUUUUUCAAUUGAAGAGUGACGAGCAAGGCUACGAGAGCGCCGCAAAGGGGGUGUCAAUAGGUGGAGACAUUGGCAAUCCUGCAAAUGACCAGACGAAGGACGAUCCAUUUACACGCGCUACGGAGAACAGUGAGAUAUCGUUUUCACAAAGCGCUGCAAGCUCAAGACCAGGAUCCCCUUCCGUACUGGGAUGGAAGCAUGGGGAAGCCGCCAACAGAGGGUCUUCGUCCACGGACUUGGCGGCGAUGAUAUCGGCGGCAGCAGGGUUCUCGCAUGCUGAUGAGGACGGGGACUCUGAAGGGUCGGGAGAAGGCGACUACGUACAAGGAGAUGGAGUCGGGCAUAGUGGGGAAGAGUAUCGGCGUAUUGAGGAGCUUCAACUCCGGCCUGGGACAGAGCGGGUUGUUGAAGUUUGUUACCGUCCUGCGAAGGAUGCUCCCUCUCCGGAUCACCGAGGAGGUCGUCUGGUUCGUCGGAAUUUCCGCCUUCUUCUGUCAUAUUCGUAUCAUGGAACCCUGGCGAAAGAGCGAAAGGCCAUUCAGUGCAAAGCUCGUACCUGCACAUCGUUUAUCGACGUCAAUCCGAAGAUCGUCAAUUUUGGAGACACUGAUGUGGGAACUCUGAAGUCUGCCCCUAUUCUCAUCACGAACUGCUCCGAUUUACCUGCCCGCGUCGAGCUACGUUUCGUUUCGAAAGUACUGAACACGUUCCGCGACGAGAUCCUCAUCCCGCCCAAGCAAUCUACUGAAGCAAAGGUCGACAUCUACCCGCGAAAAGUAAAUCCGGAGUACCGAAAGCAGUUGACGGUGGUGAAUGUGCUGAACCGGGAGAAUGAUCAGCAUGUCGAGGUUCGGUCGACGAAUGUUGAUCAGAACCGCGUCACAUUCCAUUCCUUGUUUUACCGGAUCCUCACACCAACCUCAUCCAAUUUCGUCGAUUUUGGAGAGGUCAUUCUCAACUCGACGGUGGCUAGAUCACUGACCAUUGCAAACAUAUCGAAAAAGCGGCUGGUGCUACAGAUCACAUCAUCCUCUCCGGAUGAGAUAAAGAUCUAUGGACGCGGAGCUCCGAACUCGCCUACAAUGGAGCCAUUAGCAAAAAGUACAGCCGAACGUCGCGAACGCUUAUUGGAGUCCAUCAGUGAUCGCAGGAAACUACAGCGGGUGGAAUCUGCAGCUGCGACAGCUGCGACAACGGCAGCCCCAACGAAGAUAGCUCCCGGCGCUCCAAAAAUGCGGUCAAUGGCCGAUAUUUUCGAAACCGCUUCUGCUGACUAUCUGGAUCUGGCAUCUACUCUUUCUGUCAAGGAUGGACGCCGAUCACCCCGAAGGAAGACGGUGCAACACCAGGUGGGCGCACUCAAGCAGCUGCGUGCUCAGUAUCGGGAAGCGACUGGCAGUGGUCAGGAAGAAGAAAGCGCCGAUAUCCGGCCAAGUCUCAGCGCACGAUUGGGUCUGCCAACGAAGGAUUCUCUCAGUAUUGGCGAGGUACCGGCCAAACCGGACAUGGAUCCUGAUAGCGAGCGAUUCUCGAAAUCCCUGGAAGCAGCAUUGCGGAAUGUUGAAACAGGAACCCAGCGUUCUGGAUCAAAGGUUAACGAGGGGUCCGAAUCUGCUACGUUGUCAGUCAACACGUUGGUCAGCAUGUUCGAUGCCAUCAGCGGCGUGGUGCCUCCAACAUUUCAAAAGGCUUCCGGCGAAGAGCGAUAUGUACGAACCAGAUUGCAUCUCAAUCGUGAAAUCGAGAGUGCCAUUAAAGAUGGACGUCUAGCGCCUCUGUCGCAACUUGAGAUUGCACCUGAGAGCGACAUGCCACUGUUGCUCUUGUUCAUGCCGGAUGGAGAGAGUAAACCAUAUAUUCAGGCCAAAGCGCGGAAGGUGGAUUACCGCGUGUUCAUACGCUUAAUCGAAUUCGAUCGGGAUAUCGAGCAGCCCCAGUUUGAACAGCUUCUACGGGGAGAUCAAGACAUGAUCCCGGUCAGGGAACUCCUGCUACGGUCGUCGCUCUCACGGUCGAUGAUGGAGCUCAACCAGAAGAACAUCAAUUUUGGGGUGAUGGAGAAGAACGAGCACAGAACAAAAACGAUCGUCAUCAGGAACAACUCGGAAGCACCACUUCUGUACGCUAUCCGAAAAUCUGGCUCAAUCGCGUCUGGAGAUCUCAUCCUUGGAGACGGUCGAAUGGGAAUCGUGCGAGGUCAUGGCAAACGUGAAGUGGAGUUCAUGUUCGACCCAUCCUUGGCUGGACCCUUUCAUGAGCGGUUGACCAUCGAGAACGUACAAGACCGCACGAACGAUCUCUCCAUCUCUGUGAAAGCAACUAUUCGAAGACCCGCACCAUUCAUGCUCGAGUCAGACGCGAUCGAUUUCGGGCCCUGCUUGAUUGAUGACACGUGCAUGACCGCGCAAACCGUGGUUGUCUCAAAUACAAGUUUCAAAAAGACCCGGAUGUUCGAAAUCCGCGCCGAUCCCGCUGAACUUCAUUUCAAGAAAUGUACGGGAACGUUCAUUUUCGAUCUGGUGGACAACGAAGAUGAUUAUGUAGAAGAAGCUGGCGACAUGCAGGUUGAUGGCGCACCAAUAAAACGACGGCGGCCGUUGAUGAUGCUCUCAAAAGAGAUGGAGGAGGAGAUAGAGCACCUGGAGCAGAAGCUGAAAAUCGCGAAAAGGAAAGGUCACAAGGACAAAGUGAAAAAGCUUCUUGACAAACUCCACAAGUUGCGAGCCGGGAUCGUGGGCGAUGACUACAAUGAGGAUUCCACUAAAUCGCAGGGAAGUGCUCUUGGAGCUGAAGGGUUGACUGACACUGGAAAAGGCCCCACCGGCGACACCACUCCGAAAGCUUCGGAGUCUGCCUUCACGCAGUUGAUUGAUCCGGAACUCAGUAGCGGGAUAUCUAGUAUGAACCCUAGUCGGAGAGCAUCGCAAGUCAACCUUGGCACAGACGCCGCCCCUGCGGAUACACCAUCGCCCGUCGUGUCUUUGUUGCAGUUCAAGGUGAAACGCACUGAUCAUGGGAUCGUCUUUGCAUUGGAGCCGCGCACCAUCAGAACAAUCAGCGUGAGAUUUCGACCAAUUUCCUCCGACGCUCCCGCCGCCUGCGCAAUGCAAGGUGGUGAAGAUGCUCCCCUCGUUAGGAACGGAUCCGACUCGAAAUUGAACGACGGGCCUGGGUUACGUGGGAGUGAAUAUAUCGCUUCAAAGCUCAUUACGAAUGAAGCGCCGGACGCGAAGGAUUGUGUUGUACAUGUAUCUGGGAAGCUUUAUGUUCAUGAGCACAAGAACAUGGAUAUCACCAAGGAAGUCGACUUCAGUGCCACGGUGCAUCUCGACCCCGCUGCUUUCUUCGACCAGUUACCUCAAAAGCGGGAUGGGAAACGAGGCCAGAGCGAUGCAAGCCCAAAUCCGGAGUAUUUGCCAAUACGGGACACCCCGGAAACUCAACCUGACAGCCGAUCGCCAUCUCCGCUAUUCAUCAGUAGACCUGUGCAUUCGGGUGGCGGAAAGGCGCCGGCAGCACCUCUGCAAUCACCGGUCGGCGCUUCGCAACUCUUCGCGGCGCCUCCGAGCUCAGCGAGGGUCGUGACGUCACCUGUGGAUGCUGCAAAUAUUCCGCUCAUCGAGGUCCCGAUAAUCGAUCUGGGAAAUGUCAAAAUCAAUGAGCGGAAGGACUGCUACUUCACCUUUACGAACCGAGGAUCAGGCGCACUUCCCUACAAGCUCGAUGCGGGUGCAGAUGGACUUCUGCAAGGCUAUGAGUCCUUUGGGGUGCUCUCAGGAGGAGAGACGCGGCGAGUAGACAUGCAUUUUGUACCGACCACAUUCGGGCGACAAUCAUGUUCCUUGAGUGUGCAAAGCGAAGGAAACGGAGAAAGGACUAUAGUCACAUUCUCCUUUUACGUUGUGGCCUCCUCGUACCUGCGCUUUCCCUCGCUUCCCGACCCGGCUGCAUCAACUGUAGAGCUCGAUUUCGGAUAUUGCUACGUGGAUCCCAAGAGAAAAUUCGCGCGAGUCCUAUCCUUUCCUAUCGAAAACGUAUCUGAUGAUGAACUCUACAUCAGCGCAAUCUCGAAUCUUGCCCAGCAGUGCUAUAUCUUCACUGAUGUUGAGACCGAGUCGCCAGCGGUAAACCUUCGCAUUGCCCCGCACUCUACCGAAACCGUGUUCAUCGCGCUCCAGCCCUACUUUGGCGGCUCUUCUGCUCGGCGACAAGUCAGUGUCAAAGGGCAAACACCUACGUCUGGAGCGAAUACUUCUCAAACCGAGCCUUCGGCUGGCGGAACUGAAGACUUCCGGACGCUAGUAGGUGGCAUAAAGUUCCUGGUUCAGAAGAAAGAAGUUUCCUACAAGGAGGCACAACAACCAUCUACUUCUGCUGGGGAAGUGGAGUUGCCCCACAUUGUAGCGGAUGAGUUAUAUCAACUGAUGACAUACACGGCGAAGUUCAACGCCAUCAUCGGACAAUCCCUCAUGAGCGUUUCCACCACCCUGGUGGACCUCGGUACCAUCAGCAAUCUCGGUGCUGUGUACGUCGACUCCUUCUUUGUCUGCAAUAUGUCGAGCAGAAUGCCCCUAGAGUUUUCCGUUAAAGCCCCGGAUGGUUUGGAGCUGGAACCUUACACCGGAAGAAUUGAUGCUAAACAACGAGCGAGACGCAGAGCUGCCUGAUACUUCUUCAGCCCGUGAAUGUGUCGGAUUCGAGCUACAUUGCACGCAGUAUGGGUUGACCUCGCUGUUUCUGGAGAUCGUCAAUGCAAACAACUCUUCACAGAGGAUCGAAGUCGAAGUCAGGAUUUUUGCGGACAUCAAUUGGCUGGAACUCCAUUCCACAAAAGCUCUCGCGCAUCCACCCCCAACGGCGCAGAUCGAUGGUCGAAAACGGCUGCCGUCUCUUCGCUUCGAUAACGCGUACGUGGACAUCCGGGCGGGGGACGGUAAGAAGUACACCGUUCCUCCAUCACCGACCACUGAAGACCCGCCUGGGCCAGUCGUAGCGUUACAGAGAGACGUCGAUGGCAGCACUGUGCGAAUUGCAGAUAGCGGCGAGCAGUCGGUAGAACUCCGUAACGU